AUGGUGGCGAACGCUAUUCCCCCGAUUCCCGCAAAUCAGCUCGCGGUCUCGUCGAGCGGUGGUACAACGCACACAACAAAUACUCUUACUAGUCUCGUUUUUCCCAAAACUUGGAGCAAUUGCCCGUCUCCUGUUGCCGCCAUCACGUCUACGACGACGAAUCGACCAGGAGUUGUCGAAUCAGCAACGAACCCAAGUCUAGCGGCGACAUCGACAGCGACUUCAAUGGCUACGGUGACGACGAGCAGCGCGUCGAAAACAGUGCCUCAGCAAUUGAGCUAUCCUCCAGGGGCGCAUCCCUCUGCUCCGGCUUCCGGGCAGUAUCCCAAUGCGGGUGGACUCGGUUUGAAUCCUUCGGGGGCAGCACAACCUGGCGGUCCUUUCCCCGACCAGUUGUUGCAGCCAAAUGCGGAUCUCCUACGGCGUGAACUAGAUGCGCGUUUCAUUGCAAGCCAGGAUCGAUCAAUUGCGAUACCGCCUCCACCUUAUAUGCGUGGAGAUCAUAGUCAUCCGACGCAAACGCCUCUGCCGUCAUCCUUCCUCCAACACCUGGUGCCUGGUCAACCACCACCGCCGUCGUUGUUCGAUCCCAAAUACGCAGCAAAACUGGAUCCUGUGGCCGCGUUGAAAUACCCCGGCUCGAUACCGGGACUCCCACCGGGAGCGUCUCCUUAUCCCCCUCACGUUGGUCCUCCAAUCAUCAAUCAUGCGAAUACGCCAACGUCAAGUACACCUUUCACGUCGAUCAACCCGACGUCGAGCACGAGCCUAGCUGCCAAGAUGCAGCCAUUCCAGAAAUCCAAAUCAAACAAAACCGGGAAAUGGUGUGCCAUGCACGUGCGGAUCGCGUGGGAGAUCUACAAUCAUCAGCAGAAGAACGGACAAGCCACUUCGCAGUUGUCGAACGCACCGUCUGUCGCUUCGAAAGGUUUCAUCCAAGGACCACCACCCAACCAGGGUCGAUUGUCCUCUUCGAGUGAUCAUACGCCCAAGCAGGAAGCCGUGACGAAAAAUCGGCCAGGCUCCUCGACGAGUUCCGUGAGCCAAUCGCCUAGCUCAACUCCCACGACGCGUGAUCCCCCGGGAGUUUUCCCUAAUCUCAUGCCGCCCGGUGGUCACGGUCUGCCUCGACAUCCAUCGGGACCGCCAAACACUAGCCCCGCCGCCAUAUCCGGCGGUAAUUCUGCCUACCCGCCGUACCCAUUCUUGAGCAAUUUGGCUCUACCUCCCGGACUGCCAACUUCAGUCAACCAGCGGACCUCGUCUGUCAUCACAUCAUCGGCAUCGAUGAAACAUCAUGCGCAGUCGCAGCACGGGCAUCCAGCAUUGUCCCCCUCCCCGAAAGUGUCGCAAAGUUCUCCUUUCACGUCUACCUCGAGAGGUUUCCCUCCGGCUACACCUUUCCCGGGCGCACCCCCCUUCGGAGCAAUGCCACCUCCGCCUCCUCAUGGACUCGGCUUUCCUGGUGCCCCCGGUAGCAGCUCAAUGCUUCAGGGCAGAGAGGCACUCUCAAUGGAUCCAUAUCGACCUCAAAUGGAUCAAUAUCGAUUGGGUCUCCGUCCCCUUGCCCCCUACGGCGCGCUCGGACACCAUCCCUCGGCACCUGGUCUUGGACUGCCUCCCGGGAUGGUUCAGGGCUGGGGUGGCUUGAAAGCCGAAGCAGAAAAAGAAGAUCGGGAGCGGAAGGAAAAAGAACAUUUGGAAAGUCAGAAGAAAGCUCACGAGGAGAUCAAGCAGCGAGAACGAGAUCGCAACGGGCAUCCAGAAAAAGCCGCAACAAGAGAGCGCGAGCCCCGUGUGAAGGAAGAACCCGAACAGCAGAGUAGCCACAAAGCAUCAGCGAAACCCGCCGAUGACCUGGCCAUGCGUCUGAGCGCUGCUGCCUCAGGUUCAACCGGGGUCCUGAUGGGCGCCCCGCAUGCAUUAGGUGUGUCGAUGUGGCCCACGGCGCCCCCCAUACCCGGUGAUUAUUACCGUGCGAUGAUGAUGCUCGGUCAUCCACCCGGCGGCGAUAGACUGCGACCGGAAGACAUUGAGAAGAUCCAGGCUUACGAGAGGGAAUUCGAGCGCAGUAAGCUGCUGUCUGGGAUCGCUGGUCCGCCAAACCCGCCUUUCAUGCCUCCGCCGGGUGGACAUCCAUUCCUGCCGGGAUUGGGAACACCUCAAGGACUACCCGGUUUGCGCCAUAAAUUAGGUGUGGGCGGUCCAGGUCUGCCCGGAAUGCCGAUGGGUGUCGGACCCGGUGUGGGAGUCCCACCACCGCUGAUUCCGAGCGCGCCUGGCGCGCCCCCUGGUCAUAUGCACAAACUCUCCUCGAUGAUGCCUGAUAAACCAAUGAGAUGA